CAUCGAUUGCCUUUGUUCACCUUUGGUUCCUCCCAACUUUAACUUCCUCUCUUCCUCUUUUCCAUACAAUCGUCUUCCACGAGUCGCCGUACCACCGGAUCUUGUUAUCUGCUAUCCGUUAGCUCACAUGCAUACUAACGCCUAACAGCACCAGAAUGUCUGAUGAGAAUAGCGAACUGAAGGCGAAGAUCGCUGCUCUAGCUGGCCAGAUCAACCGUCACAAGCAGCACACCGCACCUGGUUAUCACCAUCCAUAUGCUAGCCCAUCCAGCCCAUCAUUUCCACGAGCCCGUAUCAACAAAACCCGAGCACCCGCAUACCGCAACCGGUCACUAGUUCUGACCUCCGCUCAACCGGGUGGUCUAGAAACAGCCGCAGCAGGAGAGAGCCAUGGAUCGCUCUCGGAUAACUCUAAUGGCUCGCAAGCCUGGGUCUCGAAGCGUGACAGGCAUAUGCAGCUAAUAAAUGCUUCGGUUUACGAUCAACGAACGCAGCAACGGUCCAAGGAAAUUGAUGAGACGAUGAAGCGUCGGCGAGAUUUGCGUGACCGGAAAGAUAAGGCCAGUCUCCAGAGUUAUUUCAACGGCACACCUGGCGUCCCUGGAGGCCUUGGGGACGGGAAACAGGUUCUUGUUGACGGCCUUGGCUUCACGUUUUUUGACGGUGGGAAUAAGCUCAUCCGAGUGCCCGGUAUUCUUAACAACGCCAUUGUCAGCCACGACGGGCUGACAUCAACAGGAGCUUAUCCGCAUGUUCCAACGCCAAAGACGGCCAAUGUUGCCGGAGUCACGUAUUUACGAAGCAAAAACGGCAACCUCAUCCGAGCCGGAUUGAUGAACCAGCCGUACGUGUCCGGAAUGAGCAACCAGGCAGUAACUAACCGUGACUCUAGCACGCACAACCCCGUGAAAUCUGGCAAGCUCUGUCCCAGAUUCACAUCGACUGGUAGCUUGAUUCCCUUUCAAAGCGCAAGCUUUCAGCACGUGAUGAUUCAGAUUCAUCGUAUCUGCGCCCACGGAUCUCGAUGCCACGAUAUCCACGAUGCGUCGAAGGUUGCAAUCUGUAAAACUUUCCUUCACAAAGGCGAAUGCCCGGAGGGGGACGCUUGCGACCUCUCUCACGAACCCACCGCUCACCGCGUGCCACUCUGUGUGCAUUUCCUAAGGGGUAAUUGCUCCAACCAAAAUUGUCCCUACAGUCAUGUGAAACCCGCUCCUGGGGCUCCGGUCUGUCGUCCAUUCGCUACAAUAGGGUACUGCGAAAAGGGUGCCGAGUGCCCUGAACGCCAUGUCCAUGAGUGUCCAGAUUAUGCUAACACAGGAACCUGCUCCAACCCUCGCUGUCGUCUUCCACAUCCUGAUCGAGCCGGUCAGAUCAGGAAGGCAGCGGCAGCGGCGUCCAGCUCCAACGCAUCUACGGACACACCACGGUCUUCGGACAGUGAUGACGACGUGGAUUCUGACGGUGUCACCGAAGAUCUGACAAUGUUUGAUGUUGGCGAUGGCACCGGUCAAGAGAUGAGGCAGCAGCAGGAUUAUAUUCCCGUCUGAUGCCCGGGUCGUAAGUUGCCCUGUACUUUGUUGCAGUCGUUCAUGGCGCUGGAGCGGGAAGCAUUGCAUGAUACCCAGGAGUGUUCUUGACAGGACACAUAUUCCGACGUCCACAUGCUAUGGAUGGACUCCUGUGCAUACACGAAGAUCAAUUAUCUGAUAGAAUAAUAUCAAUGGAAAAACAGUUGAACAUGAAG